UUUUUAUUUUAUUUUAGAGAAAGUGAAGGAAACUGUUGAAAACUGUUCUCAUUCCAUACAUCCGAGUAAUCACUGCAACGAGAACUGCUCUGUGGAGAAUCUGUUGCCUAUUUGAAGAGUAUCAAACCUGCCUCUCAAGAGCUGAGAUGUGACUCAGACACCACUUCCCUAUCUUUUCUUCUCCCGCAUACUGAUCGAGGUGCUGAUAGACGUCGACUCUGAAAAUCUCAGAUCUGUCUUCAACAUGUCUGGCCCAGGCUACCCAUCUCCACACCAGCCUCCUUAUCCCAUGCCCCAGAUGGGUGGACACUCCAUGCCCCCCUAUCCCAUGGGAGGUUAUGGAGAACCUGGACAAGCGGCACCACCCGCAGGGUUCCAAGUAGGAUACCAGCCAGUUCCAGAUCAGCCAGUCAUGUAUCAGCCUGGUCCGGUUGGUCCGGUUGGUCCAGUUAGUCCAGCAUCUCACCAUGACCAGCCGUAUGGAGCAUCUGUAGCUGCACCAGUCUCCGUGCCCGCUGGAGUUCCACCUGGUCUGGAGUACCUCACUCAGAUUGAUCAGAUCCUUAUUCAUCAGAAAGUGGAGUUGUUAGAGGCAAUCAUUGGCUUUGAGACCAACAACCAGUAUGAGAUCAAGAAUAGCCUAGGUCAAAAGAUUUACUCUGCCAAAGAAAAAAAUGACUGCUGCACACGCAACUGCUGUGGAGCCCUGCGCAGCUUUGACAUGAAGAUAAAAGACAACGCCGAUCGAGAGGUCAUACGACUCAUCCGACCUUUCCGCUGUGUCUCCUGUUGGUGCCCCUGCUGCCUGCAAGAGAUGGAGGUUCAGGCCCCCCCGGGAACGACUGUAGGGUAUGUGAAGCAGGACUGGAACCCCUGUUAUCCAAAAUUCUCCAUCCAGGGGCCAAACAAGGAGACUGUGAUGAAGCUCGAGGGGCCCUGCUUGGCAUGUAACUGCUGUGGGGACGUCAACUUUGAGCUCAAAGGCAAAGACGGUACUGGGAAGCCUAUUGGUCGAAUUAGAAAGCAGUGGAGUGGCCUGUUAAAGGAAGUCUUUACUGACACUGACAACUUUGGCAUCCAGUUUCCACUGGACAUGGAUGUGAAGAUGAAGGCUGUACUUAUGGGCGCUUGCUUCCUUAUUGAUUUCAUGUUCUUUGAAAAAGUUGGAGACACAAACCAGCGUAAUACUGUGUUCUCUUAGAGCUCUUGCUAAGUUACUUACUGAGUAAAAUAUUUCACACUAACUCCCAUCAUCUUUCAAGUCUGGACUUGCAUUUUUUUGGAUAACCAAAGCCAUAUACCGCUGGUACUGCAGUGAAACCAAGCGACAUGUUCAAUGUUAUUUUAUAAUUUUUAUGACCAGCAAUAUUUACAAUGACAGGUGAAGUAUUACAUGUAACUGUUCACUGGUGCCUUUUAAACAAUCACAGCCUACAAUAAUUACAAAUUAUUACAAUAGUAACAAUAGUACAAGCAACUAACAUUGUUUUUGUAACUUAACUUCUUUUUUUUAAAUUAGAAAUAAAUUGUUACAUGCAACCUUACACGUUUUUCUACACUUAUCUCA